UACUGAAGCUGUUCGUCGUCGCCAUUUUCUUGUUCGAUCUCUGCGUUAGCAUACAUCGUGUCCUACAGAAAGAGGAGGACUUCGUUGUGUUGCUCUACAUUUAAAUACCAGCAAUGGACUGCAAAGUAUACGUUGGAGACCUCGGCUCUUCUGCCAACAAACACGACCUUGAAGAUGCUUUCUCCCAGUAUGGUCGUCUGACCAGUGUGUGGGUAGCCAGGAACCCGCCUGGUUUUGCUUUUGUUGAAUUUGAGGACAACCGAGAUGCUGAAGAUGCUGUCAGGGCUCUUGAUGGCAGAACCAUUUGUGGACGUCGUGUCCGUGUGGAGAUGUCCACUCAUGGGACUAGAGGUGGUCGUCCCGGUGGUGGCCGUGGGGGCUUUGGAGGACGUGGAGCUCAUCCUGAUGACAAGUGCUUCCGCUGCGGAGAUAGAGGACACUUCGCUCGUGACUGUCGAGGUCCCCCAGGGGGUCGCCGGUCGUAUUCUCGCUCGCGCUCUCCCAGCCCCCGCCGCCGGCGCUCGAUGUCGCGCUCAGUCUCCCGUGAUCGCCGCAGUUACAGAAGCAGGUCUCGUUCUCCACGUCGCUCUCGUUCCCCGUCGUACACUCGUGGCGGUCGAUCAUCCCGGUCCCCUGCCAGGCGGUCAAGGAGCCCUGUCGGAAACGGACGUUCCAGGAGUCCAGCCAACGGCAACUAAUGCGCUGUUUCACCGCGAACCUACCUCCAUGGUAGCUGCGCACUAGUAUCAACCUAGGAGUAUAGCAAUCCGCAUUCCUUUUACAAUAAAAAUUGAACUAU